AUGAGCCAACAACGGGCCCUUCUGGCCAAGAAGGCUAAAGGCAUCUUGGGGUGCAUCAAGAAGAACGUGGCCAGGAGGUCAAAAGAGUGUGGCAGCAUCGUGCAGAUCACCCCAGACUCCCUCAUCUACCGCACCCUCCUCAACUACGACCCCAGCCCUGCCAGCAACCCCGUCAUCAUCCGCAGCAACCCCGCCGUCAUCCCCAUCGAGUGCCACUACCCCAGGAAGGAGAACGUGAGCAGCAAAGCCAUCCAGCCCACCUGGGCUCCCUUCAACUCGGCCCUGGCAGCCGAGGAGAGGCUGGUGUUCUCCCUGCGCCUCAUGAACGAGGACUGGAGCGCCGAGAGACCCUUCACUGGUUUCCAACUGGGCGACGUCCUCAACCUGCAGGCCGAGGUGGCCACCGAGAGCCACGUGCCCCUGAGGCUGUUCGUGGACAGCUGCGUGGCCGCCCUCAGCCCCGGCACCCGCUCCUCGCCCCAUUACACCCUGGUCGACUUCAACGGGUGCCUGGUUGAUGGCAGGGAAGAUGCCACCAGCUCUGCCUUCAUCACCCCCCGGCCCCGGGAGGACGUGCUGCGCUUCAGGAUCGACGUCUUCAGGUUUGCUGGGGACCCCAGGAACCUGAUCUACAUCACCUGCCACCUGAAGGUGACCCCAGCAGAGCAAGCCCCAGACCCCCUCAACAAGGCUUGUUCCUUCAACAAGGCCAGGAACACGUGA